UGCUUCUUCCCUCCAUCCAGACCUUCAGAGCUGCCAGAUUCAUUUAAGAUGAAAAAUUACUUCCUAUUUACACUCCCUAAGCUGCUUGCAGUGUAGACCCUGUGCAGCGGCUUCUCCCUUCGUCAUGCUUAAGGUACUCACUGGUUCUCAGCGUGGAGCUAGGUCCUCUUUCCACCGAGUCAUCAUUUGUUUGGAUUCUGCUUAUGCAUCAGUUUCUCAGAGAAUCUGUCAAGGGAACAACCUAUCUUCAGCACUCGAGCUCACGUCUUCCAGAUUGACCCAAACACAAAGAAGAACUGGGUCCCCACCAGCAAGCACGCAGUUACUGUGUCUUACUUCUACGACAGCACAAGGAAUGUGUACAGGAUCAUCAGUCUAGACGGCUCCAAGGCAAUAAUAAACAGCACCAUCACCCCAAACAUGACAUUUACGAAGACGUCUCAGAAGUUCGGCCAGUGGGCCGACAGUCGGGCAAACACUGUUUAUGGACUGGGAUUCUCCUCAGAGCACCACCUUUCCAAAUUUGCAGAGAAGUUUCAGGAAUUUAAAGAAGCUGCCCGACUAGCCAAGGAGAAAUCGCAGGAGAAGAUGGAACUCACCAGCACGCCUUCACAGGAAUCAGCUGGUGGGGAUCUCCAGUCUCCUUUAACACCUGAGAGCAUCAAUGGGACAGACGAUGAACGGACUCCUGACGUGACGCAGAACUCAGAGCCAAGGGCUGAACCGACUCAGAAUGCCUUGCCAUUUUCACAUAGAUACCGCGGGGUUCCCCUGGAGUGCAGCUCAGCAAUCAGCAAACACUGGGAGGCUGAACUGGCUACCCUCAAAGGAAACAAUGCCAAACUGACCGCGGCCUUGCUGGAGUCCACCGCCAACGUGAAGCAGUGGAAGCAACAGCUAGCCGCCUACCAGGAGGAGGCAGAGCGCCUGCACAAGCGGGUGACUGAGCUUGAGUGUGUCAGCAGCCAGGCGAAUGCAGUGCACACCCACAAGACAGAACUAAACCAGACGAUACAGGAGCUGGAGGAGACACUGAAGGUCAAGGAAGAGGAAAUAGAAAGAUUGAAGCAAGAAAUUGCUAAUGCCCGGGAACUACAAGAGCAGAGGGACUCCCUGACUCAGAAGCUGCAGGAAGUAGAAAUUCGGAACAAAGACCUGGAGGGCCAGCUCUCUGACUUGGAGCAGCGUCUGGAGAAAAGUCACAAUGAACAGGAAGCUUUUCGCAGUAACCUGAAGACCCUCUUAGAGAUUUUGGACGGGAAGAUAUUUGAACUAACAGAAUUACGAGAUAACUUGGCCAAGCUACUAGAAUGCAGCUAAAGAAAGUCAGGUUGCAUUGUCGCUUGACUGGAAGAGAUGCCAUUUUUCUUCAUAGGACUGAUUGGGUUCUGCGUCAAGAUUGCACAAGAAAUUUGAGUAUCAAUUCCCCAGGAGAAGGAGGUUUUAAAAAUUAGAAUUGUAUAUUUCAGUGUAAAUUUUAAAAUCAAGUUUGUAGCCAGUUGGGGGGGAGAGAUGAAAAACUUGAACUACAAAUUACCUCCAUGUAUAUUAUUGGCCAUAGUUAACUAGAAAGUUAAAAACAGACACCUGAUGCAGUCUUUUUCUGAUAUUAGCCAGUGGGAGAUUUAGCGACGCCUGGGUCACAUCCCCUUUUGUGUUCAACACAGUGAGGAAGAUCUGCUUUUUAAAUUAAUUUAUUUACUAUAUCUAGAGCUGUGUUUUGUGCGAAAAUUUAGUGAUGAAAGCCCUGUCUUUUGUUGUAAUCUGAAUAAUUUCUCAGGAUAUUUUUGCACUGCUGGGAAGCAGUGUCAUUACCAAUUAAUUCUUGCCAGGAGUGAGAGAGAGCUGCCUCUAGGUGAAACAGACUCUCAUGGGGCGUGUCGAGGUCUUCCCUUUUUUGUACUGGAAGAUACUUCACUGCAGUAACUACUCUGCUGUCCCCUGGCGUUCUCUAACCUUGUCUGUUGUAGAUUUUACUUUUCCAUAUUGAUUCUAUGUAUUUAUGAGAAGAUACUAUCUCCCAUUUUAUUACACAUUUUAAAGCCAACCAAUGAAGGCAGCUGAGUCCCUCAGAAAUUCUUUCUUUUUAAAUUUCUAAUAAAUUUGACACACACUUCUGAAAUAUAGCAGCCCGUCAUUGACGGUCUGGUUAGUUAACAUUAAGUGUAUUUACAGAAUAUGCAGUUACAUUUAUUUAUAUAUUUUGCAAGAAAUCUUUUCUGAAUGAUCAAUGCAUUUCAAUUUAUGAAUACUAAUGGCUAUUGGGGAACUGUUUACUAUAGCUCCUUUUAAGGUGUACCGCUAUUUUAAAGGGGAUUCAUCCACAUCAGCCCACCGUGGGGGACUGGAUCGAGGCAGGGGGAGGUGGGAGUCCUGCCCUCUGGGCCUUUGCUCAGCCACACCGACGUGGACUGCCGACCAGGCACGCAUUGUGCGGGCUUUGCUCAGCGAGCAGCUUUCGGUGUUGUUUUGACGUCAAUUUAGAAGACUUCCAACAAACAUGCAUUUCUUUCUAUAUUUCUUUCACGGAGCUGUUUUAAAAGUCAGCCUCUGGCUUGGGGACUGCGUCCGAGCACACCUCUCCUUGCCGUCAGUGCCUGUAGAGGAGGGAGCUCCUGGGACGUCCUCAGCCAAGUCUGCAGCUGCACUGACUCUUCGUCUGUAUCCCAAAAUGAUGGAAUUGUUAAGUACAGAACUGAGCUGAUAAAUUGAUUUGUAACCGUUUUUCACUCAUGAACAGUUACUCAACACCAAUUUCGUUUUAUAUGUAUGUGUACGUACAUCAAUACAUACAUAUUAAUUUAUAUUAGAGUGAAAAAUAAACGGUCUGUUUCUAAAGCUAGUUGCUAAAGUGA